ACCAACUUAGCACAAACAAUACCGGACAACACAAGACUAGAAACACAGGGUAUAUAUACAAGGGACUAACAAAGGAACUAAACAAGGUGAUGGGAUGAUUAACAAAACACAGGUGGAUCAAAUGAACUAAUCAACAGAACGGGGAAACUAGGUCACAGGGGCGGACAGAAACAUGAGGCUCUGUAACAUCAUAUGGCAAGCAUCAAUUAUAGUCAAAGUGUUCUCAUUGUCACCAUAUAUAAUUUAGGCAACAUCCUCACUUUCCAGUCAUGCAUGCAGACUCUCAUCUCUUAAAUACCCCAAAACUCUUGCUAAAAAUUACAGUAAUCAGAAAUUGUGCUGCUUCAUAAAAAUUUAUUAAUAUUUUAUUUUAUAAAUAAAACAGGUCAAAAUAAAUGUAAUAAUAAUAAAUAAUAAUAAUAUAAAAACAGUCCUGGAAAAGCCGCCAUGAUUUAAGUUGUAAAAUAAUAGCUUUGUAAAAUUUUCCAAAAAAAGUGAUUAAAAAAUUGGCAAGUCUUAGAGAUCUAACCACAGAUAGUGUAUCAGUUGUACUAAGCUCUCAACUGAUUUCUCACCUCUCAGAAUUUACAAUAAAUAUUAGACAUGGAUUACAUCACACAUGGGCAGAUUAGUCUACUACCAUCAAGAACACAAAUAUAACACCUAUCUUUUCCAUUUCAGUGCAAAGUGAGACCCACAGGAAGCUGUGAAAGAGGAAGUAUGAGCAGGGGCUAAACCAGACCACUUUAUGUUAAAUACCAUCAUCAACACUGAGGAGAACUUCAGCACUAUAGAGAAACCCUCUCAGAACAGCAUCAUGUUCGUCAUUGUGCUUUUGCUAGUCACGCUGCUACCAUAUCCAACCCUUCCAUCAUCUGUGAAUGUGGGUAUAGUGAACGGCGCAGAAGCCAGGCCUCAUUCAAGACCCUACAUGGUUUCUAUACAAAGAAAUAAUGAACACAUAUGCGGUGGCUUCCUUGUGUCUGAACAGUUUGUCAUGACGGCUGCACACUGCUUUACAGAAGGAGAGAAGCUGACAGUUGUGGUUGGAGCUCAUGAUCACAAUCGUGGUUCUAACCGCAUGGAUGUCAAUUUCUACCACAUCCACCCUGGGUAUGAGUCUGAAAGUCUGCUAAAUGACAUCAUGCUACUUCAGCUACAUGUAAAGGUCAAAAAGAGCAAAAAAGUCAACUGGAUCUCCAUACCAAAGAAAGAUAAGGACAUCAAGGCCAAUGCCAAAUGCAGUGUUGCAGGAUGGGGAAGAAAAACCACCAAUGGUACAGCGAGUGCUAAACUUAUGGAGGUGGAUGUCACAAUCAUUGAUAAAAAAGCAUGUCAGAAGUACUGGGGGAAAACAUUCUCCACCUCAAGGAUGGUGUGUGCAGGUGGUCGUGGAGGAUUCUGUCAGGGUGAUUCUGGAGGACCUUUGGUGUGCAACAAAGUUGCAGUUGGUGUCGUUUCAUUCAAUCAGCCAAACAACUGUGACUCCCCUACACUACCCAAUGUCUACACCAGGAUUUCCACAUUUCUGCCUUGGAUAAAAUGUAUUUUUGGAGGUGUGAAGCAAGAGCUUGAUUAAUAAACAUUUUAUUUCCUUAAACACUCUUUGAUUGCAUGUGUGGAUUUUUGGAGAUAAUUUUAAUUUGACAUUGUGAUCGGUUUAUCAGAUGUGACAAACAUCAAACACUUUUUUCAGUGUAAAGAUGGUUUCGAAACUUCUCAGAAGCUUGGUUUCCUGUGGGGGGCGAUUUCAUCACAUGUGGUCAGACACUCUGUGAGAAACAUUCUAGUUUACAAAAACAUC